AUGCCACGAAACUGCUAUCCAUUAUGUGCAGAGAAAAGAGAUUUUAUGGAGCACAAUCCUGCGCAAAAUGGAACAGAUUUCUAUCGAGAAUAUGAUCCGAUGGUUGGUAUUGGAACUGCCGCGGUGUUAGCAUUGUUUUUCUUCACGAUUACGAUAAAUGGGUGUAUCCGGUGUGCGGUACGGAAAUAUAAGAUGCAUAAAUUCUACAAAGAGAUUCGAAAAGCAGAGAAUAAUCAGAAGCCAAUAUGUGAUACAGUUUAA